CAUGAUCGAAACACUCGCCAGUUAAUGCUGGAGGACGUAGCAUUAGCAGCUAAGGUUAGUUAGCUUUUUAAGACUAAUUAUUAGGUCCUUGCCAACUACUUUCUAGCCAUAAAGAAAUGCCACAGAAAGACCCAUGCCAAAAGCAAGCAUGUGCAAUUCAGAAGUGUUUACAAGCUCACAAGUACGUGGAGAGCCUGUGCGAGAAGGAGAUCAGGGAAAUGCGGCGGUGCUGUGAGACGCACGCUGGACAUUCCAUCUGCUGCUCCGGGUUCAAAGACUCAAAGCCCGCAGAGAGCAAAUGUAGCACCUAGCUCCCAGUGGGAUCUAUUCCUGGAAGUGAUGAUACACAGGAUCAUUGUAUCAGUCUAAUAUAACAGUGCAGUGUAACUGAGUUGUUGCAUAAUUAUUUAUUUAUGUGAUAUUUAUGUGAUACCAUCUAUUGGUUAUAUUUCAGUGCGUCCUUUUCACAGCAGAGGCGGCUAAAUGGCACAAAGCUGAACAAAACAAGCUGGCAAGUGCAUUUAAAUAUAUCAUGCCGUUCUGUCCACGCCCAGUGUAUGUCUCAUACAAAGUAUGAGACUACGUACGCCACCGUUGAUCCUAAUUAGUAAUGACUAAGAACAUUCCUUGAACUAUGAUGUUCUCUUAGAAUAACACUACCAGAAAAUGAAGACUAACUUGUUAUUCACAAAACAUCUCAGCUCCCUAAAGUGGAAAAGAGUACUAAUGGUUGAAGUCAUUAAAAUUUAAAGCGAGUCAUUCUUAAUAGAGGCAGGUAAAGGUGGAGCUGUGAACAGGCAGAUUGGUUGUUUUCAGUUUAGUUAUUCAUCACAGAGUAGUCAUGAUCACACCAUGUCCUGAUUAUAUUUUAUUAUUAGAUUUGUCUAUUCUCCCCAAACCUAUGAUCACAUUUUUUCCUGUUUUGUUUUUAUACUUCUACACCCAACUGGGUCAGCCACACCUCCUCAGUGAGGUAAAACUUUUAGUCCCUUCCUUGUUUUGAGCUGUUCCAACAGUUGUCUUCAGUGUUGGUGUUAUGGACGGGCCCUGGGGAUCCAGGCCCAUCCAAAAAAGGUCUCCGUGCCCCCUGAGCUGAAUUCUGUUGACAUACUUUUGGAGGCAGAUGGUCCACUGUGGCAACUUCUAAAGGGAGCAGCAGAAAGAAGAAUUUUAGAAUUAUAUGUAAAAAUUAAGUCCUAAUUGCUGUUUAGUUAUUACAGUAACAACAAAGGUUAUGUUAAUUAUUCGUGCAUCUGUAGGGAUCUUACCUAUGUGACUGAGGAGUAUGACUCUUUGGAAGUAAAAGGAGCUCAUUCUUUGGUUUGUGCAGCUUGUUUUAGGUGGUGUGAAUAUUCUGCGCUCACUGUCACUUGUCCUAGUGUGUUGUGCUGAGUUCAGUAAUACACUUCUGCACCUACAGGAAAUGUCUCUCCUGUUUUUGACACUGUGCUAUCAAAAUGGAUAUUUUUGCACUUUUAUAACUGUGAAAAUUCAUUAUAUUGCCAAAAGUAUUUGCUCGCCUGCCCAUUCUUAAUCCAUAGGAUUUAAUAUGAUUUUGGCCCACCGUUUUCAGCUGCAACAGCGUCAACUCUUCUGGGAAAGCUUUCCACAAGGUUUAAGAGUGUGUUUAUGGAAAAUUUUGACCAUUCUUCUAGAAGUACAUUUAUGAGGUCAGACAUGAUCUUGGAUGAGAAGGCCUGGCUCGCAGUCUCCACUGUAAUUCAUCCCAAAUUCAAGUCCAGUCGUGAAAUUUCCUCACUACUAAAUAUCCCAAUCAACAGUCAGCGAUAUAACAAGAUGAAUGGGAUUGUGUCCCCCCACACCAACAAUCCUGGGAGGAAGAUAGGCGGGCAACUUGGCGACAGGCUGGGACUCCAGCUUCACCACUAAGCCACCAGGUCCGCCUAUAGGUUUCAUUUUAAAUGAAAUACCAAAGUGAGUCAAGCCUUGUCAAAGUUGGUUGUCUGUCCAGUUUAUAUUCUCUGAUGUGACUAAUUUUCCUGUAAGCAGUUGCUCAAGAUCGGUUUACAGUUUUUUCUCAAUAGCAAGACGCGUUUCUUGAAACCUUGCGCCCUUUUCUCAAAGCCCUAAACACCAAAUAAGUUCAUACAAUUUCUGGCAAACCUUACUGAUGCAUCAAAACUGUUUACUAAUUUCUCAAAAUCACACAUUGUUGUCAGAUCACACAGACAACCAGUCAGAAUAAUAACACCACACAGUGUUCAUCACGCAAUCCAUCAAAGAAAUCUUUUUUAACAGAUUUCAGUGUAGCUCAAAUCUUUCCAGCCUCGUGUGGCUGUCUUGCAUUUGAAAGACAGCCACUUCUCUUUACUAAAUCAUACGCUGAAACAUCAGUAUUUAAGGUCGUGGUGGCAACAGAGGAUCUGCUGAGACUGAGGUGUUCGUUUUCCUCCAGUCAGAUGUUUUAUAUGUACUGUACUGUGUACCUCAAAAGACCAGUUUCACUUUGUUCUCAUCUAAUGUAAUGAUAAAAACAAAAAAAAACAAAACAAGUAAAGAUGUUGUGUGAGAAAAUGUGAAAGACUUUAAUGACUACAUCAGUGCAAGAAAAGUAAGUCACAUAUUACACAUUUCUGCUGUUUUUCUCAUGGAUUGUCAAUUCAUGUACAAAAGCGUGAUUAACAAGGUAAAACAGAUGCUUGAAUCUCUUCUGAAAUGACUGUUCCUCAUCUUGUUCCUCCUCCUCUGCCUGUCACAUUGUUUCCAUCAAAUGUUGGCAUCAACCUUCAAGUCAUCUUAGCAGGCUGCACUGGCUGUAUAUCAUCAGAAGUGUGAUCGACAGCUUUGGGUUGUUUAGGAACCGGCAUCUGUGCUGUAAUUGUGUUUAACGUCUGCUUCCUCUUAGUCAUUUAUGCAUCGCAAGCAAAUCACUGUACAGAGAUGAGUUUCAGUGAGUAAGAAUGUGUUUAUAUUUUUGCAAAAACAAAAAAGGUUAAAUGAGAUCUGCAAGUUGUGUAUAAACCAUUUAGGUUUUGCCAAAAGAUGGAGUGUUUUGGCAGUUGAGGAAAAACUUAGAUGAGAUACGGCGGGGAAAGUCAAUUUGAGCUAAAAUUGACUUUCCCUGCCAUAUCUCAUCUAAGCUGUAAGAUCAGCAAAUCCUGACUAAAUG